CAAAAUAAAUCCCGGAAAGGGAAGUGGAAGAAUUAGAGGAAAAAGUGCCAAACAACUGAAAUGGAUAAGCCAAAUGCGAAAGAAACGAUCAUUUCUUGAAAUAAAAACAUUUCCAAAAAAUUAUUAUUCGGGUCAGAACGAAGAGGUGAAGAACGCAGUUCACAUAGCUCUUAGUGAGUUCAGUUUCACAACAAGAAAAACACAACGCCCCACAAACUGACAACAAGAAAAUGUAUAAAGAUUUUUUGUGAUGAUCACUAAAGUUUUGUUCCAGUUUGCGCCAAACCCAUCGUAAUGUUUAAUUCCAGAAUUUCCCAUCAGUUUCAUUCUGACUGUUCAGGGAACUGAUCUGGAUUUUUGCCCAGUCUUCCUUUCGCUUCUGUGACAUGACCUGGUCCGAGUUCACUAUUUCCAGUUUCUGAUAACAACAAUGGCCAGAAUAGCCUGGUAUCAAGAGAAGAUUGGAGCCUAUGAUCAACAAAUCUGGGAGAAAUCACUGGAGAAAGCAGAGAUAGCUGGUCUGGAAAGCAAACCAAAGAAGACGGGUUACAUCAAACCAGACCUCAUUGAUGUUGAUUUAGUAAGAGGAUCAACUUUUAGUAAAGCCAAACCAGAAAGUCCAUGGACAGCUCUGACCCGAAAGGGUCUGGUUAGAGUGCUCCUGUUUCCUUUUUUCUUCCAGUGGUGGAUCCAGGUGACCUCCAAGUCCAUUUCCUCAUGUAUCCUUAUUCUGUAUUUCAUGCAAGUGGCAGCAGUGGCGCUGUACCUGGAGGUCCCGAGGGCAAGUGCCAGUGAGGUGUUUGUGCCCAUGUGUCUCAUGCUGCUGCUGGGUACCGUGCACUGCCAGAUCGUAUCAACUGAAUCCAGCCGGUGGCCCUCGGGCAGUCCAGCUGCCAGCAGCAGUACCAGCCCUGCACGCAGAAGGAGACCAAGGAAGGGCAGAGGGUUGAAAAAAUCAGAAGAAAAACAUGAAAGCUGGGACACAGAGCUGCAGAGACCCAGGCAGUGUGAAGAAAGCCAGCAAUCGUACAGAAGCGAGGAGAGGAGGAACAAAAGUCAGUCAGGGUUUGGGGCAUCUGAUGAACUCUCCAGUGAGGAAGAGGAGGACUCAAAAUCAGUCGAAGUAAUACAACGGCUUCACCAUCCCAAAAUACUCCCUGCUACGCUUAAUCUGUCAUCAGGAUCUUCUGUCAGAAAUCGAAAUGUGAAUUCUAACCCCAAACCUGUACCAAGACUUCAGGAAGGGAGUGCAGCAGCCGUCAAGUUGAAUCCUCGCGAUGUGGAGCGCCUUAUGUCAAAUGUGGACUCCCGUCCGGCCUCCGACACCGAUGACGCAAUAUGGGAGGAGCUACUCCAGGACCCUGACUCUGCCUCCUCAGGGAGCAGCGACAGUGAGGGGAAUGGGAAGUAUAACCCUGGGGUGGGCCUCCCACAAAACCCCACUCUGAGCAGUGAUGAUGAAAGCCUACAACAAGGAAUCACCAGUAACCAGCUGUCUUGGCUUCAGGCAUGUCACCCAUCCAAAGACCGUGUCAGUGCCAUAAUAUGGGAGCAGGGCGAGUGCAAGAAAGCAGACAUUUCCGUGCUGGAGAUCAGCGGGCUCAUCCUCACACGUGUGAAGUUAGUGGAGCAAGGUGUGGGUUACCUUGUGCUCAGUGGGCUCAUAACUACCACUCUGGCACUGCUGCCCUUUGCCUUUCGCCUGGCUCAGCGUCUGGACAUGUCGAGCCUCAGCUCCCUCUCCCUCACACAAUUGGUAGCCAUAGCGAUGGGGCCAAGUGAUGCACGAGCUUAUGCCUUUUUUCUUAUCACUACGGUGCAAAGAGUGUGCCUCACAGGGCUGUUUUUUUUCAUGAUGUGUGUGGCGGAGAGAACCUACAAACAGAGACUCUUAUUUGCCAAGUACUUCAGCCAUCUCACCUCAGCUCGCAAAGCCAAGAAAUCUGAGAUCCCUCAUUUCAGGCUGAAAAAAGUACAGAACAUAAAGAUGUGGUUGUCACUACGCUCUUUUCUCAGGAGACGAGGGCCGCAGCGCUCUGUGGAUGUCAUAGUCUCCACUAUCUUCCUUUUAGCACUUUCUAUUUCGUUCAUUAUUUGUGCCCAGCUUCUGCACAAUCACAAGACAUUCCUAGAGUCUCUGACAAACUGGGAGCUCAUGGUGUGGGGCUCCUCCCUCAUCAUUUUUCUGUUACGCCUGGCAACUCUGGGAUCAGAGACCAACUGCAAAUACAGCAACUCCUCAGUGCUGCUCACUGAGCAGAUUAAUUUGUAUCUGAAGAUGGAGAAAAAGCCCAACAAGAAAGAACAACUCAGUAUAGUAAACAAUGUGUUAAAACUGGCAACAAAGCUGAUGAAGGAGCUGGAUACUCCCUUUAGACUGCUGGGUCUGACUGUGAACCCUCUGAUCUACAACAUCACUAAGGUUGUCAUCCUGUCUGCUGUGUCUGCGGUGGUCAGUGACCUGCUUGGCUUCAACAUCAGACUGUGGAAAAUCAAACCUUAAUGUGAGGACAGGAAGCCACUAACAGUUGGACACUGGAGUCCAGAAACUCCCCGUCUGCUACAAAUGCCUUCUCAUAUUUUUAAAAAAGUGCACAAACCUACUGAAAGUAUAUUUUGUUGACUGUGCCUUUAAGCUGAAACAUCAGUCAUUCACAAGCCAGAGAUGCCCUGACAAUUGCUCGCACACCAUCACUGGCUGCUCAGCUGAUCUGGCAUUAAACUUUCCGUCAGUCAUGCCACUAACGCAGUGCCUAACCUCUGACCCUUGAAUGUUACUCUGUAAGUGGUUUAAUAUAGCAACAAGCUGACGUCUGAGAUCAUUUCAGGCCUCUUUGGCAUCCAGAUUUACAAAUGUGUCUCGGAACAGAUGUGUAGAGUCCAUGUGAUGGGUAAAUGCAGAUGACAACAAAGUUUAUUCAAUCUUUUUAGCACUGUGCUUUCUUAAACCAGAAGUGUGUUUAUUAAUCCCAGAGGAAAAUUUCUAAGUACUUUUUAUUUCAUUUCAUAUACACAUGGACAUCCAAAUGUUGUUUUUUUUGUUUUUUUUUUGUUUUUUGAUAGGACUCUAAAACAUGUAUAUUUAAGAGGAAUCAUAUGAUCAUUGUGAUUUAUUUAUUCAGGGGUGUGCUUUAGCUAAUCUUGUAUGGUACCUGUAAAUUGCUCUUUGACCACUGGCUGCUAUUUCUAUUGGGGACCAUUCUUUAAUGAAAUAACUUUGCAAAAGAUAGAAAAAUGUUUGAUAGAGGGAAAUAAACCAUUUUCCAUCCA